UUAGAGUGCCAUUUGGGACAGGAUCUGAGGCUAAGCAGCAGCGCCUUGUGUCACGUGUUCGGUGUGUCAUCAGCAGACGCUGUGAGCUGCUAGAUUUUGCUGACAGGGAGUCCGUCUAUGCUUCACUCAAACCCAGGUGAUGUCAUUAAAGAUGGAGAUGGAUGUCAGUGGAGCAUCCAGGACACCCAUAUCUGUUCUACCUGCUGCUGAGGCAAAAAGCACCCUGAAGCUUGAGCCUGACAAACCCCGCUGCUCCAGCACACCCUGCUCCCCAAUGAAAAAUACUGUCUCAGGAUACAAAAUUCUUCACAUGAACUCCAACUAUUUGGUGGGCUUCACCACUGGCGAGGAGCUUCUUAAAUUAGCUCACAAGUGGUCUAGCCCAGAGAACAGCAACACAGAUGCCUUGCCCAGCCCCAUCAAAAAGCCUGUGGAUAUAGGUUUGCACAGAGCUUCACGGAUUUACAAAGCCAAAAGCCGCUACUACCAACCUUAUGACAUCCCAGCCAUCAAUGGGCGUAGGAGGCGCCGUAUGCCUAGUUCAAGCGACAGCUGCUUGAAAUCUAUGGUGGCCAUGGAGCCCAGUAAGUCUUUGCACGGCCCCCUGCCCCUCUGCCUUUUAAAGGGCAAGCGGGUGUAUUCCAAGUCCCUGGACUACCUCAACCUGGACAAGAUGAGCAUAAGGGAGCCGGCAGACACAGAGGUGCUGCAGUAUCAGCUGCAGCAUCUUACCCUGCGGGGUGAGCGCAUGUUCACCCGCAACAAGACAUGAGUGCCCGUGUGUCUGUUGUUCAAAGCCACUGCCGGAGUGAUCUGACUGUGAUUUAUGGCGUUGAUUUUUACCACUCUGAUAAUAAGCAGUUCCUCUGCAAGGCAUCCAUAGAACACUAAUCUUGUUUGUUAACCGUAGAUUUGUUGAAGCACCAUCAGGCACAGUUAUGACAAAAAUUAAAGGAAUUGUUCACCCAAAAAUGAAAACACAUUAUCAUUAUUUACUUAUUGUACAGUUAUAACCAUAUCCUAUUAUUUUUUUAGUGGAAACUUUCAUACAAGGACACUUAUCACCAUGUGUCAAGCUCCAAUAAGUGAAAAAAAUUAAAUUAUAUGUAUAAAGGUAGUCCCUUAUGACUCAUUAAUAAUGUCUUUUGAAGCCAUAUGUGUGAGGAACAGGCUUAAAAUUAAGUUGUUAUUCACUGCUAAUCUUCCCCUCCACCAAAAUGUUAUGUCAUUUACCAGGUUGGAUGUAAUAGAUUAUGUCAUAAUUGAAUAUGGCUAGUUGUUUCAAAUAUACUAAAUGGCGAUUGAGAUUUGAGAGCUGCAUCGGAUGGGAAGAUUUUAAGAAAAACUUACAUUUCAGUCUUCACACAGAGGUAUUAUGUGUCUUCAGAAUGUUUGUUGUAUAGUGCAUGAGUCAUUAUAGGUAUGUAAAACAGUUAAAGGAUGGGCAAGGAGGCGGCGAGAACCGGCUUGUCAACAUAAAUAAUAAUUUAAUAAGAAACUUAAAACACAACAUAAACAAACACACAUGUGGACAUGUCCGUAAUUCUCUCGCUCUCGAACCAUCGUCACCGGCCACCUUUAUCCCUCACGCGCCUCAUCAGGCCGAUUGGGGACCGGGCGUGCGAUAUUCCGACUGGCCCCGCCCCCUCCGCUCCACACUCCUCCCGGCAUUAUCUCAGGCCGGGUGCCACCGGCAUGACGUACACCCCGCCCCAGCAGUGUAUCUUGCGUCCCGCGUGGUCAUCCCCACCUUCCUCGCCCUGGGAGGAGACAGGAGGGGAAGACAACAACAACAAAACAAAAUAGGCGAGGGAAAAGGCCAACACGGUGCGACAGGGAGAGAGAGAAAAAGCUCACUCACCGGUUCUCUGAUGUACCGUGGCGUGGUCCUCGAACACUCCUCCACACUCAGGCGGACGACAGCCGCUCCACCCCCGGGCGAACCGGAGUGAAACCGUCGACCCCCAGCGGGUAGAACGCGCCUCCGCUUUUCUGGCGGCAAAUGGGGACACUCCUCCGCCCCUGGCAGCGGCUCUACCGCUCCGGGCGGUCGGAGAGUUUCUUCCCU